ACUUGUGAUAGAUCUAGAAUCUAGAUUAUAAUCUAAUCAUUAAUCUAAAUCUAGAUUCUGCAAGACAAAAGCUAGAUCUAGAUCUAUAUAGACAUAGAGGUCGAGGCCUAAUGCUGCGAUUAUUUGUCGAAAUCUGAUUGGUUGUGGGAACGCUGAGUACAAUUUCCUGUUGUGACAAUAAAAAUAGUCAUUUUCUUACAUCACUUCUACAAACUUCUAUUACCUUGUCGUAGAGUCUAAUGUCGACGCAAACUUCAUCAUACCUGCAGUUUAGAUCUCAAAAUUUUAUUUAGAGUCUAUCAUCUAUGUGAAUUCAAUUUUACAAGAAUCGUCUAGAUCUUACAUUAUAAUUUGAUUUGUUACUUGACUUCUUACUUAAAAACCUAUAAAAUGAUGGAUGCAGAUUUGAACCACGUCAAAGCAACAGCAAUUUCUCUAGUUUUUACAUUGGUCAUUACUUUAACAGCUGCCACAUUUGGAGAUUAUCAUAGCUCAGAUAAAAUAUUGCUAUCAGAUGUUAAAGCUCUGACACUUCACCAAGGGAGAAUGACAAACUCGAGGAGAUCUUCUCCUGUUCCACAGCUGAAAUGUGUUGGAGGUUCAGCUCAGUACAAGUUCACCCCUAAAACAGUUCAAUGUAUUAACAGAGGCUCUGAUGGCUAUGAUAUUCAGUGGGAAUGUAAAACUGACAUGGACAAUGCAUACCGGUUUGGUCAUGUGGAAGUGACCUGUGAAGGCUAUGACUAUCCCAAUGACCCUUAUAUUCUCAAAGGUUCAUGUGGGCUGGAAUACACAGUGGAACUUACAGAAGAAGGUCGCCAAAAAGAAAGUUAUAGAGGAGGCUCCCCAUACAGCUACACUUACAAAUCUGAAGGUGGAAUUAGUGGAUUGUUUGUAUUUAUUGGAAUACUGCUGGUUAUGUAUAUCAUCUACAAAUUAUGUCUGGCUCCCAACGUAGUAACCCAUGGUGAACAGCCUCCACCAUAUGGAUUCAGACAAGAGUACAUGCCUAGUCAAGGUCCACCUCCACCCUAUGAUGGCUACUCUAGUGCCAGCUUUGGUUUUGGAAACACCUAUCCUAAGCCUGGUUACCCUCAUGCCAGUGCUACCAAUGGUGGUGGCUUCUGGACAGGAGCUGCAACGGGAGGUCUCCUUGGUUACCUGUUUGGCAGAGGCAACAACUACAAUACCGGAUGGGGAACUGGCACUUGGGGAGGCAGUGGAUUUAACCAUCCUACAUCCAGUGGUGGCGCCUUUUUUUCAUCUUCGUCUGGCGGUCCCUCCAGCUCAGGAAGUAGGAUGACCUCAGGUUUUGGUGGAACUACACGACGUUAAGUAGUUUAAAAAUAUACAGGGUGGUUAUAUAUAGUUUAUUUUUCAUUUGCAGUAUUUUUAAUCAGCUGUUUUAUCUAUAGCAUAUCUCACAACUAUAUAUACUAAAUGAUUACUGGUAUCUAAUUCCUUAGCCCAAUAUUUUACUACUUCUUUAGUGGGUUUGGUUUUAAAACUUGAUCAUUCACAGACCAUUAAAUACUAGCAGCCAACUGGGUCUUCAUCGCAGUUUACAUUUCUUUGGUUACAAUUUUUAUUUCCAAUCCAGUUCUUUAUUUAUAUAAAUAUAUAUGUAAAUAGAAACUAUUUAAAUACUUUAAAUACUUAAAUAAGGUGCCUGUUUAUGUUGAUGAAUGAGAAUGAGCAGUGAUUGUACAAAUGAUGUCAUCUGUUAUUACAAUAAUUUAUUUUUUAAAAUAUAUGUGAAGUGCUAGUCUGUGUGUGCAACUUCGAUUAGCAAUAGAUACUUUAUGCUAUAUGGUUUAUUAUGACAUUUGAUAUGAUUUGUUUUUGUGUAUAUCUCUAUGAAGAAACAAAACUUCAGGGUUUUGUUUUUUUCACUUGAAUCUGUAAUUACAAUUUGUAUAAAAGAAAGUAAUUUUUUUAUAUUGAACAUUGCAAUUAGAUAAUUUUGUGUUUCUCAUCAUAUAAUAAAAUUAAAAGUAUGCUUCUCAGUUGAAAUAUACAGUGCAGGAAUAUAUAACAUUUGUGUAUAAUUUCUAAAUUAACCCAACAGUAUGGGUUGGGUAAUAAGGUGUACAGUGGCAAAUUGUUUUCUUUUUCCCUGUCACACACUAAGACAUUAAGGGUUUCCAAACCAAUCUAAAAUGGGAGUAUCAAUAGACUACUUUGCACUUAUUAUGCAUACAAGUUUUAUUUUUAUUGAUUUUUCAGAAUUUCAAUUUUUUUUUUACUAUAUUACAAUAAAGUAGCUUUAAGUUUGCAAUUUAUGAUUUUCAGGUUAAUAUUUUUUAAAUAUGUGAUAACAUUGAAUUUUAUUUUUCCUUCUGUAUAAACAACUUAAACCUUUUUUAAAAAAAAGUAUUUCAUAGAACAUUUACUUAGAAAAUGAGAUUUAUACAGCAUAUUUUCAAACCUGUUUGGUCAUUAAAGAGUUUUAUAGCAACUCAUAAA